GCAGACCUCAAAAGUAUGCCCCAGCCGAGUAAUAUGGAAGUUGAGUCGAAUAGCUACAAAGUACAUCCUGAGUCGAAAUCUCCUGUAAAGUCUAAAAGCCCGUUGAAGAAGCCCUCUAUUCUGGACAAGAUUAGGACGCACUUCAAGUCAUAUUGCAAUCACACUAGCAUCCAUGGUUUCCAGUAUUUUGGACAAAAUAGAACUAUUGUUGAAAAGUGUUGGUGGAUACUCAUCUUCAUUUGUAUAAUCAGCGGUUGUGGCUAUGCAAUCUACCUCAUCUACAAUAAGUGGCAAAGGAGUCCUGUCAUUGUGUCCUUGACAACAAUAGACACUCCAAUAUACCAAGUUCCAUUUCCAGCUGUCACAAUAUGUCCGACAAUAAGGUUCGAUAAAAAGUGUAUGGAUUUCGGUUCACUUUUCAAAAAUGUUACUGAUGGUACCUUGGAUAGAAAUAAUGUCAGCGAUUGGAGUGAAGAAGAAAAACAAUUUUUGCAUUAUAUGAUACCCCUGUGCAAGAGGAAUGAUCUUUUACAUGUACUCAUUGAUGAAGAAAAAAGCUCAGAUGGAGUAUAUGAUGCUAUCAGAAAGUGUUCGCCAUUCGCAUCAGGAGAAGCCAUCUCUGUCCAUUUUAUGGACCAUCCUCUCAGCUUUAAUGAUUCAUUUCAACCCAUUUUUACCGAAGAUGGCCUUUGCUUUUCGUUCAAUAUGCUAUCGACAGAGGAUAUAUUCAAAAAUACCACGAAUUUCAACCAAGAUUCCCAUACUUCAGGUCCACAAUCCUUCUGGGUUGCACAAUACGGAUAUUCCGUGAAAGCCGAUUUAGAUACUUUUCCCAGAAGAGCAUUGUUGUCAGGAGCAGCUAAUUCACUUGAGAUCAAAUUGCAACAUCGAAAAGACGACAUCGAUUAUGUGUGUACUGGUGCACAGCAAGGAUAUAAGGUCAGCCUGCAUAUGCCGACUAGAGUGCCAAGACCAGCAUUAGAAUACCAUAUGGCUCCUUUCGGUAAAUCAACCACCAUAACCGUGAAUCCCCAUAUGAUGUCUACAUCCGAAGUGGUCCAAGAUUAUGAUCCACAUAACCGAGAUUGCUAUUUUGAGGGAGAAAAAUUCCUAAAAUUCUUCAAGGUUUAUUCUAAAGUUAAUUGUGAAGUUGAAUGCCUUGCUAAUUACACGCUGAAAGAAUGCGGAUGUGUACCUUUUCAUAUGCCUAGGGAAGCUUCAAAGCCUAUAUGUGGAAUAGGGAUGCGAUAUUGUGUGAUCUACACUCUUGAAAAGUACAAUUUGAUGAAGCUUCGGUCGAAACUUAAAGAGUCAAACAAAAAAGCUCAAAUCCUGAGGACAUCAUAUUUAGAGACCAAUGUUGUCAGAAAUAGCACUGAAACGAAUGAGACAGAAAAAAGGACACAGCGCAAAAAGAGACAAUUGGUUCCUUUAUUAGAAGAUGACGAUGACGCUAGAUGUGGCUGUCUUAGAUCCUGUAAUGACAUCACCUACAAGGGUACUGCUAGUUCUACAGAUUAUAACUGGAGAGAAUCUGAUAUUGAAGAAAUCUCGGAAGAACAUUCUCCAUAUGAUUAUUCACUUAUAACAAUAUAUUUGGAUACCAAUGUCGUUUCCACAACCGAAAGAAAUGAACUUUAUGGUCCAACCGACUUUCUCAGCAAUUUUGGAGGUCUACUAGGGCUUUUUUCUGGAUUCUCGAUACUGUCCUUUAUGGAAAUACUCUACUUUUGCACUCUAAGGAUGUUUGGUAACAUGAGACUCAUAGGAAGAUGGUAUGGAGACAAAGAAGAUUCUGUUGAUGUCGGAAGCAUGUAUUUUCAACAUGAUGAUGCUGCACUUAAUUUGAAGACCAUUGUGACCAAUUUCUUGAAAGAAAAUUGUUUUUAUCGUUGGAUAGAACUGGCCUGCAUCCUUGCAGGAAAAGUCCAGAAUAAUUAUUCAAUCGAAUUGAGAUAUUAUAAAAUGGAGGUUCAGAGUGUUGAGAUUGGAGAAACAGCGGUGAAAAACCGAAAGGCGAAGAAACGCUUUCGUCAUGUGAAAACAUACUUGAAGGAAUAUUGUGACGUUUCCACAAUACAAGGACUUGCUUAUGUAACGAAGGACGGUAAUUCCCUUUUUGAAAGAUGCUGGUGGAUUCUUGUAUUUCUUUGUUGCGUCGGAGGAUGCAGCUAUAUGAUAUUUGAAGUUUGCAAAAAAUGGAUUGAAACCCCUGUGUUAGUAUCUUUAGCAACCAAGGAUACUGCCAUUCACAAGGUCCCAUUUCCAGCUGUUACGAUAUGCCCAGAAUCCAAAAUAACUCGCUCUUGUGUGAAUUACUCGAAAGUGUUGAGAUUGCGCAGAGCAGGCAGAGGAAACGAAGUAUCAAUAUUAGAAAAUGAAUUUUUCGAUAAUAUGGCUCUCUUAUGUAAGGCAAGCAAUUACGGAAAUUCUUCUGAUAACCAACCCCUUGACGAUUAUUCAGAUUUUUUGGAGAAUUGCAAAAGUGUCCACCUGGAAAAUUCCCACUGUAAAUUCUUAGAUAAAAAAAUUCCAUGUGAACAGAUUUUGCAGCCUGUGAUCACCGAUGAAGGUCUCUGCUACUCCUUCAAUAUGCUCGAUGUAAAAGAUAUCUACACGGACCUGAAUCGAAUGAAAUAUUUUAAUUCCAAAACUCGAAAAGCCAACUGGGAUGUAGACGAUGGUUAUCCGGAUGACGUGCCAACAUCAAAAGAUUUUCCCGUACGAGUUUUAGGCACUGGUACCAAACAUUCUCUUGUUGUAGUUCUACUAACCAGAAAAUCCGAUGUGUACUACUCAUGCAGAGAUUUUUCCUUACAGGGUAUGCGGGUUACCCUUCAUAUGCCUGCUCGAAUACCACGUCCAAACCAAGUUUUCUUUCCCGUUGGUCUCAAUGAGCUAGUGUAUGCCCAAGUGACCCCUACACUGAUGGGAACCACAAACACAAUAGGGAACUAUGCACCACAUAAAAGGAACUGUUAUUUCGGAAAAGAGAGAAAACUGAAAUAUUUCAAAAUAUAUACUCAGUCCAAUUGCAAUCUGGAAUGUUGGACCAAUUAUACAAUCCAAGAAUGUGGAUGCACACAUUUCUAUAUGCCAAGAGAUGCAAACACAAGUAUAUGUCCAAUUGCGAAGAGAACCUGUCUUCAGACUGCUAUUGAGACGUUUGCAGUAUCUGACUUUCCACAGCAAUACCAUAAAGGUGUUGUUUUGAAGGGAAAUUUAACAGCCGAUUGUGAUUGUCUUCCCAUUUGUUCGGAUUUGAACUACAAUGCCGAAACGUCCAGGGGUAAAUGGAAUUGGGAUGAUCCAAAUGGUGCCAACGUAGGAGAUCUGAAGAAGUAUUUCGAAACCCACUAUGCAUCAGCCGUGAAAAUCACUUUCAAGAGUAAAUACUUCCUACCAACAGAAAAGAGCGAAUUGUAUGGAAUCGUAGAUUUCUUAUCUAAUACAGGAGGUAUCCUAGGAUUAUUCACUGGAUUCUCAAUGGUCUCGUUGAUAGAAUUGAUAUAUUUCAUGUCCAUAAAAUUGAUAGCAAACUACAAACGAUAUGGAUUCUGGGCAGGUCCAAAAGAUGAAUAUGAUUAACAUCAUUUUUGAGAAUAUCGCAAACAAAUGAAAUAUUACUAAUUCAAUAGUUCAUUGAUUUUAUUGUGUUCACUUGUUUUCUUGUUGGGCUGCCAAAUAAACAAUGGGUAAAGAGA